AUGGAAAAGUUUGAAAGGUCCGUUGUAGUCUCUGCCGAGGAUAACAACAAACGUGCAGAAAAGUUCAUAUUGCACCAUUUUCGGGAUAUAGUAAUAUCAAAGGAACUCUGUCGUCAAUGCUUCAAACGAGGAGAGAUACUCGUAAACAACUCUCCCAUCGAAACUUCACGAAUUCUUCACAAAGAUGCCAUAGUCCAAGUGUCCAUCGACCAGUCAGAAAUCAAACGCAGCAGGCUAAAUCUGUCCAUCACUGUAAAAUACGAAGACCAUCACCUAGCUGUCGUGCUCAAACCACCCGGAGUUCAUAUGCGAGGAUUGCAGGAGUCGUUGCCUUUUCUGCUUGACAGUAGCAGGAGUAUCGCCUCCGAAACGCCGUAUUUGUGUAUAAACCAGCUUCAACGGUCAAUGAAUGGAUUGGUCAUAUUAUCAAAGUCAAGAGAAAUGCAUGAAAAACUUUUAUCCAUGGACAAGUCCGGCGAUAUCAAGUUCAGAUAUCGUCUAGUCUGUCACGGUAAAUUCGAUGAAAGCGCAAAGACUGCAGCGAGCAAUUGUGAAGAAUCGAUUGACAAUGAUAACAAUGACGUUAUUCAUGGCCAGAAAUCGAUUGUUGUUGAUAACGACAACAAUGCCAUUAAUAACACAAAGAGCAGCAGCACCAUAAACAACCGUGAAACAGACGUUGAUAAUAACUCAGCCACCACCAUCAUCCGUCAUGCAUCCUUGCAACUCCCCUUUGCCAUUCAUCCAAUCUCCACGACACGCAGUACAUCCGGUGAAGGCAAUUAUCUGACGACCCUCGACAUCAUACACCACAACCAUGCACAAGUUUCAUUAUCUGCCAUUAAAGAUUACUUUAUGCGAAUUAAACAUCCGAUUGUGGGCCACAACACCGCCUCCAAGCAGCUGAAAUCAUGCAAGGACAAGGGUAUUUUGAUGGCAUUGGUGGAAGUUGCGUUUGAGCACCCUGUCACCAGAGAAAACGUUUGCGUAGAAUGUGAUGAGCCACGGAAGCUCAAGACCAUAUGUCAGAGGGAGCAAAAUUUUUAUGAAAAGAAACGCGCCGCAAGGAUUGCGGAAGCAAAGUUGUACGGCAUCGAAAAUGCAGUCGUUCUUAAUGACAAUCUCGAGAUGCAAUCGGGACUUCCAUUGGCGUAUAUUGCUGGAGAAAAGAGUUUCUGUGGUCUGCAGUUUAUGGUCAGCAACCAGACAAUGAUACCACGUGCAUCCACGGAGCAUUUAGUCCGCGCGACUCUAGACAUUUACAAAACACAGAUUUUAUCAAACAAAGUUGCCGAUAACAUCACAAAAUCAUUUAGGAUCCUCGAUGUUGGAACCGGUUCGGGAUGCAUUCUGAUAGCCAUAAUGCACUCGAUCUUGUCUCUUUCCGAGUACGAUACAACGGAUGCGGGUAUCUUUGGUAUGGGAAUAGAUAUAUCUCCACUAGCGCUGGACGUUGCAAAGAAUAAUGCGAAAAGGCACUUGCACAAGCAACAAUCGUUAUACUGUUUCGCUAAAGGCAACAUGGAGUAUCUGCAUAACGAUCCAUUACUGUCUCAAAAGAACUUUGACGUCAUUGUAUGCAAUCCUCCUUAUCUCGAUAUCACCAAACCAUUACCUCCGAGUGAUCCAAGAUCUCAUGAACCAUCGCAUGCAAUAUACUGCUCAGAGGAAGGGUACAAAUGCUAUCGACUGCUAUCGAAGAGCUUGGAUAAAUCUUUGGCUCUAGGAUCGCAAGUAUUGAACGAAAGAGGUUUUGUCGUUCUGGAAGUUGGUGCUUCAAUGGCCAAGAAAGUAAAGGGGAUAUUCAACGAUUGGUGCUGUGUAAAAAGUAUCAAGGAUCAGCAAGGGUUCGAGAGGUGUCUUGUGUUUAGGCGUAAAUGA